AUGUCGCCAGCCACCGCAUCCUCGCCCUUCCGCCCGGCCGUGUCGUCGCCGCUUUCCUCGUCGCCCAUCAGAGCAUCGGCGUCGUCCGACUAUAGCCCGCCACGGCACCACCACCACUUCCGCGCCACGCAGUCGUCCCCCAUCGCGCCACCGCCGACUACGACCACCAGCGCCAGCGCCAGCAAAUUCAAAUACGCGACGCGCAAUCCGAGGCCGAACCCUGUAGUCAAGCGGCGCGAGGAGGCGCAGGACAGCAGGCGGCGGCUGUUCCUGCAGAACGUGCGGCAGCGCGCCGACGAGCACAAGUGGGAGCGCAGAGGCGGCGAAGACGAGUUACUCAAGCUCGAGUGGGUGCGGCUCAACCGGGAGCUGCGGCAGGCGAAGCACUCGGACACGGCGUGCAUGGUCAGCGAGGGCGAGAUCGAGGACGAGCCGGCGCAGCAGCUGCAGCCGCACCUCCAAAACAAUAACCAAAACCCAGCAAUCGACGACGUGGAUGCCCUGAUGGUCAACGCGAUCGAGCAGCAGGAAGAGGCCGAGCUGAACGCGCUACUAUCGUCGUUACCAGACGAAUCCCCGAACAGGCAGUCCCGGCCGUGGUCGCCUCAUUUCUUCUUAGACGACGACGACUACGACGGGCUGUUCAUGGAUUUUCUCUCACAACAGUCGCACGAUGACGCGGCGAUGGCCCUCUCGCAAGACGUGGAGAUGUCGUGA